AGAAAGAAAUCCAACGAAUGGUGACUGUACAUUCUUUACGACAGAGCCUGCAUGUGUGCGCUGCCAACCACCUAUUGACUGCGGAUCUUUGGCAUUUUCAAUUCACGCGCCGGUGUCUCCUGCCAGGGCCAUGAAGCCCGAGACGGGAAUCAUCUGCCGCUAGGCUAAGAUUAGGGAUGACUUGCGUGACUCUGACUUCGUGCCCUCUGCCUGGAAACAGCUCGUCUGCGAGAAGGUUACCCGACGGUCUUCUCGAUGGUACUGCGACGGCUCUUCGUUUCUUUCGCGAUAGCCACAUUCGUUGUAGAUGCCUGCCUGAGCGUCGUUCCACAGAGUAAAGCCCUGAUUGUCCAUAGGACCGCUGGCCGAAGUCGCUGUUUCGGGGGCUCGUGUCUUCUUCCAGUUAGUCCGGAAUGGGCGUCCAGGCCUCCGGGCGAGUACACGGCAUUCCAAACAGCGUGGCCUCGGCCAUGCAACUGGAGCAGCGAAUCCCGCGGGUUUGCGUCUAGAGGUGCUCAGGCACUGCGGAGCACGUGUGGUUUGUUGCUUCAGAAACAGCCACACUCUUCGUACCACUCUCGGAAACGACCUUAUCACGGCCCAGAUGGUUAUACGGCAGCGGCGGCUCUGUGCCGCGCAAGCCAUUCGUCACUCCCAACCAACUCGCACUGCGGACCGACCGAGUUGCUCGCUCGGCAUCAACUGCAUGCGACAGGGACACUGGAGAAACGAAUUUUGGCAACUCUGCUGAGGUCAACUGCCAGGACUGAAUAUGCACGAACAGACAAGGCAAACGCCGCAGACCCAGCUGGCCUGCAGCUGAACGCCUCGGGGUCUAGCCAUAGCGCCAGCGCCUCUGAGCACGGAUUAGGCUGUGUAAGCUCGACAGAAAUCCGAACGACCACCGCUGACGGGCAUUCGGGGGGUAGAUUGGUUUUCCCGAGACUCGGCGUCUUCCCAAAUUUCGUGGAAGCGUUGGGAAACUUCGGUGUUAGGCAGGCCACUGAUAUCCAACAGCUUUCUAUACCAGCCAUCUUAGAAGGCCGCGACACGGUUAUUGGAGCAGAAACUGGUAGUGGGAAGACCCUUGGCUAUGUUGUCGGUUUGGUCCAAAACAUUCUGCUGCAGAAAAUGAUUCACGAGAAAAAAGAAGAUGCAGCGGUGCUACAAAAAGCCGACCUCCCCAUUCCGAGACAUCACCCUUACGCGGUCGUCAUCGUCCCGACCAGGGAGCUGGCUCUGCAGGUGGUCGCAUGGGCUCGUCGACUAUGCCGGAAGACCCCCGUAACUGCGCAGUUGAUGCUGGGGACGUAUACAAGGUGGCCUUUCGGCACUCUCGCAAUCCCGACCUCUCCCGAUCUUGUGGUGUGCACACCGCCGGUUCUAGCACCUUUUGUGAAGGGCGGCCACGCCAAAGAUUUGACGCCGUUUCGAGAAAUUCAGAUGCUAGCGUUGGAUGAAGCGGAUAUGCUUCUCGAAGGUGGAUACCGGCAAGCCAUGGAGGGCAUCUUCACGGCUUUUCGCAGGGCAGAUCGGCAGUCGGCCGAAAGCGGAAAGCGACGAACACAGUACAUCUUUGCUGCUGCAACGAUCCCCGAUAGGGGACCAAAGUCUGUGAGGAAAGUCAUUAGCCGUCUGUGUCCGAGAGCCACUUUUUUCUGCACGGAUAGCCUUCACCAACACAGGGAGCAACUGCAGCAGGAAUUCGUUCAAGUCCCUGCAGGAGCAUCCGAUGACGAGCGAGUCAGUCUUCUUUUAAGCAGGCUAAAGAAGCUGGGCGGGAGCGACAAAGUCAUGAUUUUCUGCAAUACGGCUCAAACUGCACGGAGCCUUUUCGAGGCUCUGGAGAAGGCGCUGCCAACGACGAGACCAAAAUUGUUUUCUUCAGAAAUUGAUCAGAAAGAUCGAUCGUUCAAUCUUGGCCUCUUUGCGAGGGGAAAGAGCAGGGUACUAGUCUGUACCGAUGCAGCCUCUCGAGGUCUUGACAUAGCUGGUGUGACACUAGUAGUGCAGUAUGACUUCGCGCUAAGUGCGGUGGCACAUCUACACCGUGUCGGACGAGUCGCCCGUGGCGAACAACCAGGGAGAGCGUUGAACUUUUACUAUGACACUCAGAAAGCGCUAGUUGACGUCAUUCAAAGGGCGGCGCGGGACCCCGUUUCCCCCUCUGUGGCCGAUGCUUUCAGCCGCAAGCGCUCGUUCAGGAAAAAGCUGGAAGACAAAAGCGGCUCUCGUCAGCAGAUGCGGGACAGGAGGCCAGACGAGCGCCAGAACGAUGGCGAAGACGAACUGCCUAAAAAUUAAUUCGAAGGUGAAGAUCGCUUCUGAACGGUUCCCGGAGAAACCUUAAGCUGUCCAACACAUAACGACGUCAAGGUGUAUGCUUGACUGCGCCUCAUAACUUCCUGCCUUUCCCAUGGUACGUGUCGUCUCGUAAUCUUGCGGUCUGUGUGGAAUUUAGUGUAUGAGCAAGGCACGAUGCAUAUGGCGAGAUCUCGUCUGACCUCUUGCAAGAGAGCAGAUCGUUUGGCGGACAGAAUUUUCUCUGCUUGCCGAAGUUGGUCCAGGUCAGAACCUUUGGCGGCAGAGAAUGAGGAUGACGUCUGCCCAGGGGUCUCGUCACCGAUAUUCGACAGGCUCGAAGGCGGCUUUUCACCCACCUUGAGGCUGGACGCUAGAUUCGUGUGUUGUGAUCGAAGUUCCUGAACCUCUCUCUGCAGACUCUAGAACAAAUCACUGACACGAGGCUUCUCCGAACAUCUCAUGAGGGAAUUUCAAUCUCACUUGCAAGGUUGCCUCUGUGAUAGAAAUGUCGG